AUGGAACCCUCAACAAGCUCAUCUGUCUACGUUGCAACUGCUUCUUUUUCUGCUCGUAGAGGCCUAAGAGCGGAUACUGUGGCCCAAGAAAUUGCAGGGCUGAAAACUCGAAUUUAUGCUUUGGAGAAUCCUACGGUUGCCGCUGUGAGUAAUGUCACCAAAACUGGUAAUGACCCUGAACAAUGUUACAUCCUUGAGCAGUUUAGACUGAAGAAGGCAGAAGCCUUUAAUUCUGCUCGUCCUCUUCACAAGAUGACCUUGACAAAAACAAAACUUGUCAAGACGAGAAUCAGAAGAAACUUCGAGGGGUUGAAUUUUGCGAACCGCACGAGACGCACACACCGCGUAGAAGAACUUGGAGAGCUUGGACGUAAGAAGAAUCAAGCUGCAAGACUGACUGCCAAAUUCAGAAGAAGAAAGGACAACUUUUUGAAGUAUGAGGAAAACAUUGGUCAAAAGUUUCAUCCCAAAAAAAACAGCCUUCGUCCCAGUUGGAGAUCCGAUCAGCUGAACGAAAUGUUUGAUGAGUUGGAUUCUCCUUCUGGGCAGAGGAAUGUUGGAAGGCCAUUACCUCGUAGAAUCAGACAGGUACCAUCAUUGUCUGUUCCUUUUGAACAAAUUGGCCGCUUGCCAAGUUGGGCCGUCCGAAAUGGUAUUUGA